AUGGUGACGAUGAAUUCUUCGGAAAAGGCGGCGUCGAAGGCCUGUCAACAAGGGCCAUCCAGAGACAACUCGAAAUGUAUAAAAGAAGAGAAAGAGAAGGAUCGCGACAAGAAGGACAACUCCUCUCUGCCUCCAGGAGUACAAGCGCUGAUGUCCACCAUACCAUCGCCGGAGGAGUCUCCGAACUAUCUGGUGUACAAGAAGAUGGAAGCCAUAAUCGAGAAGAUGCAAGAUGAGAAUACAGGCGUCCCUGUGAAGACGGUGAAGAGCUUCAUGACCAAGAUACCUUCGGUGUUCACCGGCACAGACCUAGUAGCCUGGCUAGCUCGCCAUCUCAACCUGGAUGAAACCUGGGAAGCGUUACACGUAGCCCAUCUGUUAGCGGCCCACGGAUACCUGUUCCCUAUUGAUGAUCACUGCCUCACCGUUAAAAAUGAUAAUACUUAUUAUAGGUUCCAGACUCCAUACUUCUGGCCAUCCAACCAAUGGGAACCGGAGAAUACUGACUACGCUGUAUACCUCUGCAAGCGAACAAUGCAGAACAAAGCUCGGCUAGAGCUGGCUGACUACGAGGCGGAGUCACUGGCGCGGCUACAGAAGAUGUUCAGCAGGAAGUGGGAGUUCAUAUUCAUGCAGGCGGAGGCGCAGAGCAAGGUGGACAAAAAGAGAGACAAGCUGGAGAGAAAAGUGCUGGACAGUCAGGAGCGAGCCUUCUGGGAUGUACACCGACCGAUGCCCGGCUGUGUCAACACAACAGAGAUAGAUCCGAAGAAACUGUCCCGCAUCAACGCGCUCAAAGCAAAACGUCUGCGGCAAUGCCAGGAAUUGAUAUUACAGCACAAUCUCAAGAAUAACCCGAUAGUGACGAUAACAAAUCCUCAGGAGAGCGAAGAAGAAAUUCAGAAGAAAAAUGAUAAUGUUAUCAAGGAGAAUGGCGAGACCUCCCAGCCGCAGAUCUCAGUGCCCCACGUGCCGGAAGUGUCCAUAAAGCCGGCCACCAUAGAGCAGCAGAUAGAGGCGGCGCGGCGCCAGGUGUCCAUGCUACGCACGAGACUCGAACGCAGGAACGUGCGCGUCAGUAAAGUCGCUGAUAUGUUCAUAGCCUACUGCGAGCAAUAUGCGGAGUAUGACGCGUUCCUAACUCCGCCUGAGUGGCCCAACCCGUGGGUCAGCGACACCACUGAUAUGUGGGAUCAGGAGAAACAGUGCAAAGAGCCACUGCCGCUCCGGCGCGUCCGUCGCUGGUCGUUCUCUCUCCGCGAGCUGCUACAAGACAACGCCGGCAAGGAGCACUUCGCCAAGUUCCUGUCCAAAGAGUUCAGUGGGGAGAACUUGAAGUUCUGGCUAGCGGUGCAGGAAUUGAAGGCGCUCCCCAUCCGUCGCGUGGCGGCGCGAGCCAAGGACAUAUGGAAGGAAUACCUCGCUGCUGAUGCCCCGUCACCUAUUAAUAUCGAUGCUGCUAGCAGGGAACUUACUCGACAGAAAGUGGAGUCGGGUACCGCCGACCGAUAUUGCUUCGAUCAAGCUCAGGCGCACGUGUAUCACCUGAUGAAGUCGGACAGCUACUCGAGGUACUUAAGAUCUGAAAUGUACAAGGACUAUCUCAACGGAUCCAAGAAAAAGACAUCAGUAAAAGGCAUUCGCUCCAUAGUAUCGUUCACGGCGCGCAAGGAGACGUCGGCGAACUGA